UGGGUGAUCCCUGGCGCCCGCACUUCUGACAGUUACUAGAAUUGAACAGAGGUCCGGGCUCGCCACCUAGACCUUGGCCCAGGGUGUAUUUCCUGCGCACCUGGAUCCCGCAGCGGUGUUACUACAUCCCCACCCUAACCACUAAAGAAAAACACAGUAUUUUGCUUGGAAUCAGCAAUGGGUGGUUUUCACUGAUGGCUAAGCUCAGUGAUGGAAUUUAGGCAGAAUGGUCCCGAGCUCCUCUGGAGCCUGAAGACACAAAAUAAAAAGUGAGAAGAGCCCAAAACACAGUCUUAGAUGGAAGCGGAUUAGGCAACUUGCGGUUCCGGAGACCCCAGGAGUGAUCAGAAAAGGGGAAACGUUGUAAGGCUAAGUCGGGCGCAAAAAGAUUCGGGCUCGGAAAGGCAGCGCUGGGUCGCCGGGCUUCGGUUUCCACUUCUGCAAAAUGAGGAUUAAGGACGAGAGGGUCUCCUAACUUUGAAGUUCCCUAAACCUGUACGAUACACCAGGCCGAAGCCCGGGGCUCGUAAAGGAAAAGCGGGAAAAGCGAGAGAAGAGCGAAGGAAGGGAAAGGAAGACGCGGGACGCUGGGGACAAGCUUGGCGCGUUUCCCGCGUUACUCCGCCUACUCCCACACCUGCGUGUUCAGAGAUCCGCCAACGCCCCGCGCCCGUCAACUUCGGACACCGAAGCUCCUUCUUUCUCACACGUUCUGGAAGCCGUAGGGCAGAAGCUGAGCACGGUCAUGCAAAGGGUGGCAUGGGAAAGGGCCCCGCUGGGGACCGAAGAGCAGGAUACUAAAAAACUUUUAUAGGAUCGAUUGGACUUCUUGAACCACUCGAAUUUGGGAAGGCGUUUAAGAUUUUUCGUUUUUUAAGACACACUAAAUGUAUGGGAAAUUGACAAAAUGGAGAACCAAAAGGAAAACCUCUUUUCUGAGCCACAUAAAAGGGGACUGAUGACAAGCCCCUUGCAAGAGUCCUCGAAGGCCAACGUAGUAUUGGCUGAGAUCCAGCCUGACUUGGGUCCUUUAACCACGCCGACCAAGCCCAAGGAAGUUUGCCAAGGAGAGCCAUGGACACCCACAGCCAACCUGAAAAUGCUUAUCAGUGCGGUGAGCCCAGAGAUCCGAAGCCGAGAUCAGAAGAGGGGCCUGUCUGACAACCGUGGAUUACCGGAAGCUAGAGACUGCUUGCAUGAACACUUAUCUGGAGAUGAGUUUGAGAAAUCCCAGCCAAGUCGAAAAGAGAAAAGCUUGGGGUUGCUGUGCCACAAAUUCCUAGCGCGGUACCCUAGGUACCCCAACCCUGCUGUGAAUAAUGACAUCUGCCUGGACGAGGUGGCCGAGGAGCUCAAUGUUGAACGGCGACGGAUUUAUGACAUUGUGAAUGUACUAGAGAGCUUGCACAUGGUGAGCCGCCUUGCCAAAAACCGGUACACCUGGCACGGCCGGCACAAUCUCACCAAAACCCUCGGGACUCUGAAGAGCGUCGGGGAGGAAAACAAGUACGCUGAGCAGAUCAUGAUGAUCAAGAGGAAAGAAUACGAACAAGAGUUUGACUUCAUUAAGAGCUGUGCCAUAGAGGACCACGUGAUCAAGUCAAACACUGGCCAGAAUGGGCAUUCAGACAUGUGUUUUGUCGAACUCCCCGGAGUGGAGUUCCGGGCAGCUUCCGUGAACAGCCGCAAAGACAAGUCCUUACGAGUGAUGAGCCAGAAGUUUGUGAUGCUGUUCUUGGUGUCCACGCCGCAGAUAGUGAGCCUGGAAAUCGCUGCCAAGAUUUUAAUUGGGGAGGACCAUGUGGAAGAUCUGGAUAAAAGCAAGUUUAAGACAAAAAUUAGGAGGUUGUAUGACAUUGCUAAUGUUCUGAGUAGCCUGGAUCUCAUCAAGAAAGUCCACGUCACGGAGGAAAGAGGUCGGAAGCCAGCUUUUAAAUGGACAGGCCCAGAAAUCAGCCCAAAUACUAGUGGCUCCAGCCCAGUCAUGCCUCUUACCACCUCCUUCUUAGAGGCGGAGCAGUCUGCAAAAGAGAACUGUGCCAAAAACCUCUUUUCUACCCGGGGGAAGCCCAGCUUUACUCGACACCCGUCCCUUAUCAAAUUGGUAAAAAGUAUAGAAAGUGAUCGGAGAAAGAUCAGUUCUGCCCCCAGCAGCCCUGCCAAGAGCAGCAAAGCUGAGACUUCUCAAAAUUCUCCACCUCUCCCAAACAAGAUGGCUCAGCUCGCCGCUAUCUGCAAGAUGCAGUUGGAAGAGCAGUCAAGUGAACCCAGGAAGAAAGUGAAAGUAAAGCUAGCAAGAUCUGGGCACUACAAACCACUGGCCCCUCUGGACCCUGCAGUGAACACCGAGCUGGAGCUGCCCGCACCCUCCCUCAUCCAGCCCCUGGGGGUAGUCCCCCUGAUCCCUAGUCCAUUGUCAUCUGCAGUGCCUGUGAUCCUACCUCAGGCCCCUUCGGGCCCAUCCUAUGCCAUCUACUUGCAACCUGCCCAAGCCCAAAUGCUGACACCACCCCAUGGCCUGAGCCCAACAGUCUGCCCCACCCACUCUAAUGCUACUGGAUCCAAAGACCCUACAGAUGUCCCCACUGAGAGGACCACCACAGAAGCCACCAUGUCCAGCGCCUCCUGCAGACCCGGAAGCCUGCAGCCAGCACCGGAAAGACAGGGUGCAAAGAAUCGAAGCAAGGAGACAACUGGAGAGCGAGGCACAAAGAGGGCAGGCUCCUCGGAGGACAGUGGCUCUAUAAAGAAACCUAAGGAGGACCUGAAGGCACUUGAGAAUGUCCCCACGACCCUGUUCCCAUCAGGGUACCUAAUCCCUCUCGCCCAGUGCCCGUCCCUGGGGGCAGAAUCCGUGCUGUCUAGCACAGAAAACUCAGGUACACUUUCCCCAAACCACAGGAUCUACGGCUCCCCGAUUGCAGGUGUUAUCCCGGUGGCAUCAUCUGAACUCACUGCUGUGAAUUUUCCCUCUUUCCAUGUGACACCUUUGAAACUUAUGGUCUCCCCAACAUCGGUGGCAGCUGUACCUGUUGGGAACAGCCCAGCUCUCAACUCAAGUCACCCUGGCACUGCCCAGAACCCAAGCUCAGCCAUUGUCAACUUCACCCUGCAGCACCUGGGCCUCAUCUCCCCCAGUGUGCAGAUGUCUGCCAGCCCCGGGCCUGGAGCUGGCACAGUCCCUGUGUCCCCACGUGUUGAAGCAGCUAGUGUCAUACCAGAUAACUUGAGCUUUCGGCAAGGGAGGGCCACCAACCAUGACUCGCCAGUCCUGGGCCAGAGCCAACUAAAUGGACAAUCAGUUGCUGGGGCAGGACCACAACAGUCUGUUCCUGUGACACCCAAAGGCUCCCAGUUGGUGGCUGAGAGUUUCUUCCGUACCCCAGGUGGACCAACCAAGCCUACCAGCUCACCCUACAUGGAUUUUGAUGGUGCUAACAAAACCUCCUUUGGAACCCUCUUUGUCCCACAGCGUAAACUGGAAGUCUCAACUGAGGAUGUCCACUGAUUGACCGAAGACGGUGGUUUAAUUUAAUUUCCUAAAGAGCUAUUUAAUGAGAUGAUAGGUGCAUACAGAUUGAGAGAAUACCACCUUUGAAAAUACUGUAAAUACUUUGGGGGUUUUACUCAAUAUCACCGCAAUAUUUGUCAUGCUUACGCAUGUGUGUGCAUGUGCACAUAUAUAUAUAUAUAUUAUAUAUAUAUGCACACACAUUUGUACAAGGCCAAAUUCAGCCUUCUGUACUAUAAAGUAAAAUGGUGACCUAAGGUACAUUAACUUCUAGGGCAGAAAGACUCUUUUUUUUUUCACCUGUGCCUGUAUUAUUAUGCAAUUUACACUUUACUACCCUUUCAGUAAAUGUUCGGCUUACCUAACACAGCACCUGCUCAGACUUUUUGCACAAAGGAAAUGCUGUGUGAUGUAUAAUGUAUUUUUACCUAGGGAGGAGAUAGGUUUUUUUUUUUUUUUUUUUUUUUUUUUUUUUUUAUUUUUUUUU